UGUCACGAUUGUCCUAACCCUCCUAACACCUAACCUCUAAAAUUUUGUGUCGUAUAGCAGUUGUGUUGUGAAAGCUGAAAAACAAACAAAAUAAAAAUGCAAUUGGCCAAAAUCAAAUCAUUUUUAUGAUUUGUUGGUGUCGAGGAAAAAUCAGAGUAGUUGUGGAUUUUUUAGCUUUUUCCUGCAUAGCACAUUGUAUCAGAAAGUAAAGAAAUGGGUUUGCUGACAGACCCUACAGCAGGCCAAGGCAGAUUCGUUAAAUUGCUCCUAAAGUAUUGCGAUAAAAUAUGUGCUCUAAUGUACAUUGUUGGCAUAUUAUGGUUUUGCUCCCUUGCUUAUCCAGCUAUGAAUGCAAACACAUACUUUUCUGAGAAUGCUUUGCUGCCUGGAUUGGUGAAAACUCAGUUUCGAGAAGACAAACUUGCCUUAACAUAUCAUGAAGAGUUGCUGGAUGAAAUGAAGAAAUAUGAUGACUCAAUACCAUAUCCUUGGUUGUUAGCUAAAUUUCGACAGAUUGGCCUAGAUGUGUUUGUACAUAAUUUUACUUUGAACUCCCCAUUGAACAAAAAAGAAAGAUACACAGGUCAGAAUGUUUAUGGUAUCCUGAGAGCUCCUAGAGCAGCAAGUGUGGAGUCAUUAGUUUUGAGUGUCCCUUAUCGACCACCAACAAGUGUACACCAGACAACAUCACCAUCUAUUGCUGUGAUGUUGGCUUUUGCUAAAUUCGCUGCUAAAGAAAAAUACUGGGCCAAAGAUAUCAUCUUCCUGAUCACAGAACAUGAACAGUUGGGUAUUCAAGCCUGGCUUGAGGCAUACCAUGGAGUAACAUGUGGUAAUGAUGAUGCCCUGGAUCAUGGUGACUUGAGAGGUAGAGGAGGAGCUAUCCAAGCAGCCAUCAAUUUAGAGCUGCAUUCGGAGAAAAUUGGACAGCUUGAUGUUAAGAUUGAAGGUUUGAAUGGACAGUUACCGAAUUUGGAUUUGUUCAAUUUGGUUUCGAAAAUGUGCUCUAGAGAGGGAUUGUAUCAGACGUUCAAGAAUAGAGGACUUCACUAUUAUAGGAAUGAGUUCAAAGAAUGGUGGCGCUAUUUCAGGAACACUCUGGCUAUGAUGGCCACACAGGCAUCUGGGAUACCAAAUGGGAAUCAUGGCCUUUUCCAUCGCUUUGGUAUUCAAGCUCUCACUCUGGAAGGUUUUGAACAAACAAAAGCAGCAAAGAGCAGCAUGAAAGUUGGUAUGCUGAGUCUAGGCAGGAUUAUUGAGAGCAUAUUCCGUAGUUUGAACAAUCUAUUAGAACGUUUCCAUCAAAGUUUUUUCUUCUACUUGCUUCCAGCUUCUGAUAGAUACAUUUCUAUAGGUCUGUAUAUGCCUGCUGUGUCGCUGAUUGCUGGAGCUCUUUUUAUAAAAGCAUUUGCCAAAUGGCUUAAGCUACAAGGAGACUCUGACUCGUUAGAUAAUAAGUCAGCAUCUUUUGGACAAGAAGUGGAACCAAUAAAAAUCAUAGUAACUUUUAUCUCUAUCCACCUGUUCAGCAUUGGGCUACUUUAUAUGCCUCAACUUGUAAGUGAGGCCUGUGAAACAUAUGACUGUCCUGUGAAUAGAACAAUCUUCUAUGCACUGCUUACAACCGUGACAAUUGCCAUAUUGAUUCCUUUCCUGAUAUUCGGAUUCUUCGAUAAAAGUAUAGAGAUCCUGAACGUGUUUGCCAUGUUAGAACUGGGCACAGCCUUAAUAUGUAUUUCCAUGACGAAUUUUUCACUGGGCAUGUUUUGCGCCGUUCUUUCAGUGCCUUUCACGUUGUGGGUUGGACGGACGAAUUCUAGGAUCGCAUCAGUGCUUCAAACAUUGUUCCUGUUGCUGAUACAUCCUAUUACAGUGCUAGCAGCAGUUGUGCUUGUAAACACAUACCUCAUGUUUCCCAAAGAUCCUCAAAAAGAGAUACUAAUGACAGCUUGGGAUGCUACUCAACAAGCUGUCAUUUAUAGUAUAGCUGAUUCGAUGAUUUACGGUAACUGGUUAUUUACCGUUGUUACUGUUGUAUUUCAUUCUAAUUGGUUAUGUUACUGGAUAGUCGUGAUGAGUAAGGUUAGGAAAAAUGGCGGGAAAGGGAAGUCGAAGAAAGAGAAAAAGGAGUGAAGUGAUAUUUGCAGGUGCAAAUGUGAUCAUAAACCGCAAAACAUAAUAGGUGCUGUUAUGAAAUCGCAAUAUUGUAUAGAAUCGUGAUACUUCGUUAUGAACUAUUAUUGCUGUUAGGAAACCCAAAUCACGUGAUGUCUAAUGGAUGUAGCUGUUGUCGGAUAUGUUUGUAAUGAUAAGUAAAUUUGCCUUUUUAAAAAUAUGCUAUGAUCUUGCAUUGUUGUGGCUAUACCAGAAAAAGCUGCUGCGAGAACUGUUUGAGUGUCAGUGACAGUGCUUUGAUGUAUGACAUCGAAACAUCAAGUCAUUAACAGCUUUUUUUGACUACAUUCUAGUUACCAAGUAUAUUCUGGUUUUCUAUGUUUUUCUUCAAAUUCAAACAAUAUGAUUGACGAUGAAAAGAUCUUAAGGUGGAAUGUCCCUUUUUUAAAUUUCAACUUCCUGUUUGCAGCGAUGCUUUUUUUGACGAAAAAAAAAAUUAAAAAAUUGUUUUUUAAUCAUCUCUAUACACGCCAUGGAAUUAUCAGAUGAAAAAGGUUUGGAAUACUGCUGUAAACAGGAAGUUGAACAAAAAUCUAAAAAAGCGACGUACCACCUCAACCUAACCUAUCAGUACAACUUUCAAACUUGACACCUCGAUACAUGCCUGCGUAUGCGCACUACUAUGCGCUGAAUGGCUGAACCAGCAAAGAUCCUAAAACAGAGCCGCUUUCCAGUGCCUCAUUUGUGUUACUCGGAGUAACUUGGAGCUACCCACCACCUGUCAAUACCGUUAGAGUGCUCUAGUGUCGUGCACCUGAGCUACUCAUUUUUGAAACCCCCUGUCCCUUCGUGCACCAACUUUUUAUUCGGUGUUAUGCGCUCCGUGGAGAUAACGAAAAUGACAAUGUGUCAAGAUUAUUAGAUUAUCUUUUUCAUCGUUUUUUUUUUUUUUGUUGCAUUAAACUCACAUUAACGCGAUACCAGACAAUGAAACUGAAAAUGUCAUGACCCAGAGUCACAAGGUACAUUUGAGAUGUUCCUAAAUAAUAAAGAUCACAAGAGAGUGCAAGAAUGCAGGUUGAUAGCUGGCUUCAUCUAUAACUAGACACUUUGGAAAUAAUUUUGAAUGUCUUCGCCAAAAUAUGGAUUUGACACAUAUAUCCAGAAGCUGUACAAUAAAAAUGCAGACUAAAUUGCUUUUGAAAAUACAGGCAAAAUGUGCUUACAUUUUCAUUGUUUGGCAGUGUGAUGCAAAUUGUUAACGUCAAAGCAAAACAUCAAAACACAGGUUAGGUUUUUAUCGUUGCGUUCCUGUGCACAUUUGCUAGAGCACUUCGGGAGUAUCACGCUCCGGGUGCGUACAACGCUCAAAUCAAAAGCACUGGAAAGCGACUAAGGUAAGGUCUAUUUUCUUUACCUGAACUUAACGUUUGCAAGGCGUUUAUGUGGUGGCAGGGAAAUGUAACAUGCAUUUAUCUACGUAAUUUAGACUGAUGAUUAGUGUAAUUAGUGUAAUAGCAAACCAUACUGAAGUUUAAGCAUUUAUUCACGCUGAGUCGUGCGACAACGUCCUACGAAAAAGUCACGCGUUUUGAUAGAGUAGUCCUACAACAUCUUUUGUCACAUGAUAUCUAUAUGUUAUCUAUAUACUCCAUGUUAAAAUUUGUUGGCAGCACAGUUGACCAAGUCUGACUGCUGUUCCAAACCGCGACAUUGUCGAGCGACACAAAUCGCGUGCAUAAAUGGAAUUUAAAUAGAAUAAAUAUUCAAUGUAGUAAAUCUUAUUGGGUGAUUUAGAAAAACGUUGCAAUAUCUCUAAGACACGAAGUAGACGAAAAGAUCAUUUAAACAUGAGCCAUUAACUGCCCCCUUAUUUAAUUACAGGCUAUUGACUAUAAUUUCGACAUCAAAAAGAAUAUAUCGUAUAUUCUGUACAUGUAGUACUAUCGUGGCUAAUAGAUGCAAAAGCCCGGGACACUAACGAAAACAACAAUUUUACUGUUCAAUGUGUAAUUUAUUACCUUUACACUAAUUUAUAACACUUAUACUAAUGUAUGCCAAUUUAUCGCCAAGUUGACGGGAUUACGUCACUCGCAUUGACGUCUGGUCGGGCAUUUAUGUAGUGAAUUCACGGUUUCCGAUGCUCUCCAGCACUUUCUACCAAAAACUCCAGAUAGCACCGCAAGUGCUCACGCAAUCGCUUUAGAAGCUUCGCAGGCCGCGAUACAUGCUGAUGUAAGUCUGGUCGCCUAACGUCGAUAUCACAACUCUUUGAUAUUGACAACUGUUUGUAAUAUAUGAGGAGAGUAUCUGAACAGCGUUCAUGCUUUGUCCUCAUUCAGUCUCAUCAGUAGCAUAGAAACUCACAACACCCUGUAUCUGUUUAUAGGGAGUUUUUUGUUGUUUGUUGUUGUAUUGUAGUUUCUACUCUGGAAAUAUCGUCACGUUUUUCCGAAUCAGCCUGUAUAUGGAAUUUUAAUUCAUUGAAUUCCUAACCCUGAAGAAGCUUUAUCAGAACAUUUUUUGGAGUGUGGCGUGUCACAGAUAGUAUUUAAAUAUCUCACGAAGUCUGAUAUGAUUGUUUCACUCAAAAAAAUGUUAAUCGAAUGAAUUAUUUUGAAUGCUUUUUCGUUUAAAGAUUUUUCCACCCCACUACCAGUGAAACCGCUGUUGCUAACAAUGUUAGCCAUUUUUCAAUCUGUUAUGUGCGGCAAGGACACAUCCGUUCCAGUCUGGUGGUAGGUUUAUUUGAGUUUACAAAAGUGGACUGUAUUUGAUUUGGUAAAUGAGUGACAAUACAAAUUUCUUGAACCUGUUGAUGCGUUCUAUCUCGACGACUUCCUAUCUUGGUCGCGGCGCUUCGAUCUUCUGGUGUCUCCGUCCCCAUUGGCUGGAUUCAAAAACUGCCAGGCAGCGCUUGCGGAGUGGUCGUGGC